AUGAACCCCUCCUUCCCCGACCUAAUGUGCCGCAAGGUUGCGAACCUGCUCGGCCAAACCACGAUCGGAUACCCUGGUGCCGCCCCCCUUAGCUUCUCGUCGCUACACCUGGCAGAGCUACAGCAAAAAGACUAUUAUGUCUGUGAGAAGAGCGAUGGGAUUCGGUGUCUAAUGUACAUGGCGCGUGGGUACACUAACUCCGGCAAAUCUGGGAUACAUUACCUGAUCGACCGCAAAAACGACUACCGCUAUGUAUCCGGGCUGCACUAUCCUAAGCCAGACGAUGAAACUUUCCUGUCGAUCCAUGACGAUACUAUAAUAGACGGUGAACUUGUCCUCGAUACCUACGAGGACGGCUCGCAGCAGCUGAAGUACCUAGUAUUCGAUAUACUAGUGUUAGGCGGACACAGAGUAAUGCAUGAUACAUUCGACAAGCGCUUAGCAUAUCUUAAGGCGGAAGUACUUGGGCCCUAUAAGGAUAUGUGCCGAGAUUUUCCUCAGGAGGGCCGACCAUUUAUUAUCGAAGUGAAGUCGAUGUAUCCCAGCUAUAACAUCGAAAUGAUGUUCCAUGAUAUUAUCCCAAAGGUCAAGCGCAUUCGUGGGAAUGACGGCCUCAUCUUCACCUGUUGUAACACACCCUACUAUAUUGGCCUAGAUGAGCAUAUCCUCAAAUGGAAACCUGCUUCGGACAACACAGCAAGAUCAACAGCGUUACCGAACCAGAUUACAAACGUCAUCCCUAUCUACCAUUUGUCUGUCAUGCUCUCCCCACAAGAGUAUCUCCCCUUUGGCGAGAUGUACGUCAGCCGGGAAGAAUGGGAUGACCUAAGAGCGAUGCGUACUCCGUUAGAUGGUACUAUCGUCGAAUGCUACAAAGACAGCGAAUCUCGCUGGUGUUUCUACCGCCUUCGCAAUGACAAGAGAGAUGCAAACCCUAUCUCUGUUGUCGAGAAAACCCUCAAGAGUAUAGCCGACUGCGUUACCGAAGACGACCUAACCCGUGCCGCCCCAGCUAUCAAGACAGCAUGGGAGGCGCGGCAGAGCUACGAUAGCCUGUGA